AUGGCAGACAAAUCCAAAAAACCCACCAAAGAGGUACAGCCUCACCCGAAAGAGGAAUUCGAAUUCGGCGGUGCGCCGGGCGUGGCGCUUCUGAUGCUGGGUUUCCCCGGGCUGAUGUACUACAUGUAUAUCGGCGCCGUCUUCUACGGUGGACACCUCCCGACUCCGGACGCGAACCAAACCUGGCCGGACUUCGUCUCCCAUCUGGGGAACCUCGCCUACACCCAUGCCUUCCCCCACCGAAAAGCCUGGAUCAUCUACUGGACCUUCCUCAUCCUCGAAGGAGUGGGAUAUCUCUACCUCCCUGGGGUCUACGGCAAGGGCAAACCGCUCCCGCAUCUGAACGGGAAACAACUGGGCUACUACUGUUCCGCUGUCUCGUCCUGGUGCGUGACUAUCAUCGCGGCAUUGGCCCUGCACUUCUCCGGCCUCUUCAAGCUGUAUACCCUGGUCGACGAGUUCGGACCGCUCAUGUCCGUCGCCAUUUGCUCCGGAUUCCUGGUGUCAAUCAUUGCGUACCUAUCGGCCCUGGCGCGCGGAGUGCAACACCGUAUGACGGGCUCGCACGUCUAUGACUUCUUCAUGGGGGCGGAGUUGAACCCUCGGCUGUUCGGCUGGUUGGACUUCAAGAUGUUCUUCGAAGUCCGGAUCCCAUGGUACAUCCUGUUCCUCUUGACACUGGGGACGGCCCUGAAACAAUUCGAGACGUACGGAUUUGUCUCCGGUGAGGUUUUGUUCCUGCUUAUGGCGCACUUCCUGUAUGCGAACGCAUGCUCCAAGGGCGAAGAAUUGAUCAUUACCAGCUGGUACGUUUCCCCUCCCAUGCGCCGCAUGGCAUCGCCUCCUGACACAGAUAGGGAUAUGUAUUAUGAGAAAUGGGGCUUCAUGCUGAUCUUCUGGAAUCUUGCUGGCGUGCCCAUGAGCUACUGCCACUGCACCUUGUACCUGGCGUAUCAGGAUCCAUCCGCCUAUCACUGGAACCCAAUGGUCCUGGCCGUGUGGGCGGUCGCGUAUCUGUUCGUGUACUGGGUUUGGGACACGUGCAAUAGUCAGAAGAAUAUCUUCCGCGCCCAGGAACGGGGCGUCGUUGUGGACCGCAAGGCAUUCCCCCAGCUGCCCUGGAAAUCCGUCAAGAAUCCCCAGUCGAUCCGGACAAAGACGGGAGAUUCCAUCUUGUGCAGUGGAUGGUAUGGCAUGGCGCGCAAGGUGCACUAUUCAUGUGACCUGUUUUUCGCUCUUUCUUGGGGGUUGGUCACUGGCUUCCAGUCGCCGUUCCCAUGGUUCUACCCCUGUUUCUUUACCGUCAUGAUCAUCCAUCGUGCCAAACGGGAUAUCCUGCGUUGUCGGGAACGGUAUGGUGAGGCCUGGAUGGAAUAUGAGCGUCGGGUCCCAUAUCUCUUCAUUCCGGUAUGUGUUCUUCCGCAUCUGGGGGACAAUUGA